CCAAGAUUCUUACCCCCCCCCCCCCCCCCCCCCCCCCUUCAUAUAACUAAACGUAGAUCAAUGAAUGUAUUAGGAAUCUAACCUCGAGUUGAGAUGAAACCUAGAGUGAUAUAGGAAACAUGGACUAGUCUAUUUUUAAUUGCUAGUAUUUGAUUUUAAGUUAAAACAAUGUUUAUUCAACAAAAAAAAUAAAAGAAUGAAAAUUAAAGUAAGUUGUUGUUCCUGAAGUGGAAUUCAAUCAAAAUGGACCGAAAAACACCAAAUGGAAGAAACCAAUAGGCUUUAAAUAGGUCCGUGAGAGCAUAAUUAAUAAUAGGGGUUUUUAAGGUGAGGUUUUUAGCGGAAUAUAAGAAACUGUUUCUUAACUUUAUUAAUCAUGCUCAAACGGAGUAAGAGCACUUCCAUCAAAGAAUUCUAAUGUGGUAUCUUAAAUAAAAAAUAAAAAGAAAAUAGAAAAAAAGUAGUGUUAUGAAUUCUCUGCACAAAAAUUCUUAGAAUAUAUAUUGUCCAUUUGUCAAAUUGUAAUUGGUUUGUCUUUUCAAAAAUAAAUAAAAAUUAAGUAUUUAAUAGCAUAUACUAAAAUAAGACUAUUUUAUGUGAGAUAAAUUCAGUUUAAGAACCUAACUGAUUAACCUAAUAUUUGACAUACAACAGAUAAGUAGCUUGAUUGGUUCAAAUACAAUUCGUGAUUGAACACAAACGCUUCUUUUUUUUCUAAACACCUCAAACGGUUCUUUAUAGGUUACAAAAUAUGUGCUUGAAGUUCAUAUCACUAACCAACAAAGAAGAGAGAAUCAUCCAAUUUUGAAAUUAAAACGACAAAAUUUAAGCAGUGGGAUUGGAAAAGACCCAAUUCUAUUCUUUGACUAGUCACAUAAAAGGGAUCAAACUAGUUUGAGUUGUAUAUUGGGAUUUUUUGGAUUACGUCUUCUCUGGAUGGACUUUGUUAAAAAUAACUCAAAACUCCUCAGUCCUCACUAUUGAUGUUGCGUUGCUACUAAUUAACUUGCACAUGUUCUUUUAACGGCAAAAUAUACGUAUCAUCAGGAGAAACGUGGCAGGUCAUAAGAGAAAGACAUCAACUUAGUCACAGGCAUAAUGAAGUGUGGUUCAAAUAUGCAACACCGAAGUACUCAUUCAUUUUAUGUACUGCAAUGAAAGAAAGACUUUCUACGGGUGAUCGGAUGAGAUUUUGGAAUGGGACUGUCAGUGUAUCUUGUGUCCUAUGCAAUGAGCCUUUGGAAACGCUUGAACACCUCUUUUUUGAAUGUGUUUAUUUCGCUAAGAUUUGGGAGGCUUUGAUGAAGGGAAUCUUAAGAGAGAGAUACACGGUAAGUUGGGAAGAGAUAUUGAGAAUCAUGAGGGACUCUACGUGAAGUAAAGUGCAUAUCUUCACAAACACAAGACAUCGUGCAUUUUCUAGAUUUUCAUGACUAAUUGCAUAACAAUAUUAUGCUUAAAUUUCACAAACACAGGCAAAAAACAUGAACAAUGACAUAACAAAAAAUAAAAGACGUUCUAAUUCCGAGGGAAUCGAACACGGAUGCACAUAUGUUUCAAGUAUAGUGUAUAAUAAGAUUAGUGAUUUAACCGCUAUGCUACAAUGGAUCAUUGGUAGGUAUCAAAACAUGGUCGAGCUUUAUAUUGCUAGUUUGCUACCAUAAAUGUUUAAAUGGCAAAAAUCAUGGGUUUCUUCCCUUACGAGUUGAUACUACUUACUUUUACGAGGCGAUUGGCUUUGGAUCAAUUAACUAUGCAACGACUAUAAUUAAUUGUAAAGACUGGUUGGACCAUCCAUUUGAAAAAUUUCCUAUUAUAAAUACUUCCAAGUCCCAUCUACACUUUCCACUAUCAUUCACACACAAACUUUAAAAAUUUCAUAGACAUCUACCUAAGAAUUAAAGAAUGGGAGGAAAAGGCGGUAGCGGUGGUGGUGGGAAAGGUGGUGGCGGUGGUGGUGGUGGUGGAGGGAAAGGUGGUGGUGGUGGCGGCGGCGGUAGUGGAGGAGGUAGGAGCGGUGGUGGUGGCGGUGGGGGAGGAGGGAAAAGUGGUGGCGGUAGUGGCGGAGGCUACAUGGUGGCUCCGGGGAGCAAUGGUUCUUCUUACAUUUCAAGAGAUAACUUUGAGAGUGAUCCUAAAGGUUACUUUGAUAAUCUGCAUGGCAGUGGACAGGGUAGCAAGUGACUUUGGUCUCUUUAUUUCACUAUUUAUGCAUUGAAGAUGGUUAUUAUUACCGAAUAAAUUAUCUAAUGAUCAAAUAAAAUAAGAGCUUCUAAUUCAUUUUCU